AUGAAUAACAUUAUUCAUGGCAGUAACCACAGUCAACAAACAGCAGCAGCAGCAGCAACAGACAAUAACAGUCCAACAACCAGCAAUAUUACAACAAUAGAAGAGGAAGAAGAGGAUGACGACGAUGAAACAAGAAAUCUUGAUCAAGAUCCAAACUCUUCUGAUAUCGAUAUCAAUGCAUUGGUAAUUGGACAACAAAUAGGUGCUGGUUCAUAUGGAAUGGUUUAUAAAGGAUCUUACUUUAAAUCUGAAGUUGCAAUUAAAAAGAUUACUUCACAUCAAAGAGAGUUUAAAAAGUAUUUAAAACGUGAAGUUUCUGUAUUAAAAAAUAUUCAACAUCCAAAUAUUGUUCAGUUUAUAGGUGUUUAUUAUGAACCAACAUCAACUACGCAACAAUGUCUUCCUAUUCAUCUUCAAUCAAAUUCUACAUGGAUAGUGACACAAUUUAUUGGAGGUGGUACAUUGUCACAAUUGAUUAAAGAUCAAUCAAAAGAGUUUCCAAUGUCUGUUAGAUUUAAAUUAGCUUUGGAUAUGGCACUUGCCAUGGCCUAUCUUCAUAGCAGAGAUAUUUUAUUCAGAGACUUAAAGUCAAAGAAUAUUCUUAUAGAUACUACAUCUACACUCAUUAGAGCCAAGAUUUGUGAUUUUGGUUUUGCUCGUAUUAAAAUUAAUAACUCUAUGUCGUCUAGUUUAUCAACUAGCAAAAAUAGACAUCUCUCUAUUUGUGGUACCGAUGAAUUCAUGGCACCAGAAGUUAUACUUGGAAUGGAUUAUGAUGAAUCAGCUGAUAUCUUUUCAUUUGGAGUAGUAUUAUUGGAAAUGGCAACAAGAAAGAAAAUAUCUAAAGAAAUCGAAAGAGGACCAAUGAAUGCCUUUGAAAUUCCAGAAGAUACAGCACGUGAUUUGAUUCCAGAAGAUAUACCACCUCUUUUUACAGAAUUGGUCAUUGAUUGUCUACGAUAUCAACCAUUAGAAAGACCAACCUUUUCUCAUAUUAUAUACACUCUCAAACAAUUGGUUUCUCUCUAUCCACUGACAGAUAAUUUCUCAAUGGAAAAUCCAUUAUCACCAAAAUCAUCUCCACAAAUAUCCAGAAAAAAUAGUGCUCCCCAACAACUCCAACAACUCCAACAACUCCAACAACAACAACAACAACAACAACAACAAGAACAAGAACAAUCGCCACUCGAGAGAUCAUUGCUUUUACCAUUAAUUCCAACUCUUUCUAUUAAUGAUAAAUCAUUGUUAAUUGACGAUCCCAAUAAUAAUAAUAAUAAUAAUGAACAAUAUCAGUAUGAUGAUGAUAAUAGACGUAUUGCAUCAGAAGAGGAUUUAGAUUUCGAUGAUGAAGAGACAGCCAAGAGAUUUAUUAGUUUAAAGGAAAGAAUGUUAACAGUACUUGGAGAAUUGGACGACUAUAUUAAACCACUAUCAAGGGAUUUAAUGUCCAUCACAAAAGAAGAAGAGAUCACAGAGCGUUAUGACGAAUGUAGAAAAGUGAUUGAAAUUAAAAAAAUAUUAGGAGAGGUUGUAGAGGAUGAAGUGCAACCACCACUUACACCAAAGAAAACGUCACCUUCUCCAUCAUCCUCUUUUAAUAAUGGACAACCACAAAAUAGGGUUAGCAUAUUUUUAAAAUCAAUGGAUCGAUCACUACAAGAAAUUUUAAAUGGAAUAUCUCAUCUAACCAAAAAGGUGGAAAGAGAUACUAAAUUUAAUAUAGUCGAAGGUGUAAUAAUAGCAAGAGCGCUCAGUAAAAUGAAAAAAAUUAUUCAUAAUAUUGAUAUUUAA